GAGAAGAAGAAGAGAAGCGGCUCUGUUUCCGGUUUCGGGCGUCGUGUCGGAUGUGUUUUGGUGUCACAGUUUAAUCUGUUGUUAGUUUGAAACACUUCCCGAAGGCGAGACGCUGCUGCGCACUAAUCGCUGACCGACCAGCUCGCAGAGAUGUCGUCAGGACUCCUGCCGCCUCCUGGGGGAGGAGAACAUCUUUGUGUCUUCCUCCUCAGAGACGACGACGAAGAGGAGGAGAGGAGGAGGAGGAGGAGGGAAGUGGGGUGUCAGUGGGAGAGUCCUGAGGAGGAGAGGAAGGAGGUGGGAUGUCAGAGUGAAUCAGCAGAGAGGAGAGACGCUGCUGUUCAGGUGGACCUGCUGAACCAGCAGCUCAGCUGGAGUCAGACAGGUUCGUCGUCAAUGCUGCUGCAGUGGUUUGCUGUGAGACCUGAUGGACCAGACGGUGGCGCUCUGCUCCAGCACUGCACCAGAACCAUCAAACCCCCUCGGGCCAGGUCCCAGAGAGACCUCAGAGCUCAAACACCGCCAAAAAAGGUCGUGGUACACGCCGCUACCGCCGCGUGUCACCUGUUAAUGACAUCCAAAGGGAGGAGGAGGAGGAGGAGGAGGAGGAGGAGGAGGAGGAGGAGGAGGAGGAGGAAGAAGAAGAAGAAGAAGACAGAGGUGACCCCACCUGGAAUCCACCGGAGGGAGUUGUGAACUCUCACCCGUCUGCUCCGGCCCGGGAGGAGAUCCGGCUGGACUCCCAUGAUGCACCUGUGUGCUCGGUGAAGCUGGAGGCCGACAGCACCGUGUGUGACGUCUGUGGUAAAGUGAUGAAGAACAAGUCGAGUCUGGCCCGACACUCCUUCAUCCACACAGGCAGGAAGCCCUUCUCCUGCCACCUGUGUGACCUCCGCUUCAACCGCAGAGACAACCUGCAGCACCACCUCACCCGCCUCCAUCCGAAUGGCGUUGCCCGCCGUGAGAAGCAGCGAGCGGUCCAGUCCUGGCUGUGCGCUGCCUGCGGGAAGACCUUCAGCUGCAGGUCCCGCCUGAAGACACAUGAGGUCAUCCAUUCAGGGGUCAAACCCCACCGCUGUGACCUCUGUCCCAAGGCUUACAUGCGCACUAAUGACCUUGAGCACCACAAGAAGGUCGCACACGUUCGCGGCGCCGCCGAGUCCACGCCACCCAGCUCGCUGCUUUGCGACCUCUGCGGCAAAGAGUUCAAGUGCCGCUCGCAGCUGGCGGUCCACUUCCAGACGCACACCGGGGAGCGGCCGCACCUCUGCGACAUCUGUGGCCGCAAGUUCGGCCGUCAGUACCAGCUGAAACGCCACAAGGCCCUGGUGCACGCCAAACAGUCCGAGGGCGAUGAGGCCCCGCCCCCUGAUGGGGUCUUGGCCUGCAGCGUGUGUGGGAAGCGUCUGAAGUCCGAGGCACUCCUCGCGGCUCAUGCCCGCAUCCACUCGGGCAACAAGCCCCACCGCUGCGGCAUCUGUCUGCGCGCCUUCCAGCGCGCCACCUGCCUGAAACAGCACCACCUACGCAUCCACCUGCGGGUCAAAGUCCACAAUUCGCCGCUCGAUGCCGGGCGCCAGAGGAGCGUGGCGCCCACCCGGGCCUUCUCCUGUCCAAUCUGCGGCAAGCCUUUUAAGUUCAAGUCCCUGCUGGCGAGCCACUCGCUGAUCCACAGCGAUGACCGACCCUACGGCUGCGACUUCUGCAGCCGCAGCUUCCGCCGCCUCAGCCACCUGAAGAGGCACCGCGAGGUGGUGCACGCCAACGGGGAGCGCCCACCCCAGACCUUUGUUUGCCACAUCUGUGGCAAAGACAAGAAGUGCCGCUCGCAGCUGGCCAGACACGUGAUCAUCCACAGCGGGGAGCGGCCCUUUGCCUGCGACCUCUGCGCCGCGCGCUUCAACCGCAGCGGCAACCUACAGCAGCACAGGAAGCGCAUGCACGGAGUGGGGGCGGUACCUGCUGUGGAGGCCCCACCCAUCCUGUUUGAGGAUGACAUGACACCCGCGCUGACUUACAAACAGGAGGAGACGGUGGUGGCUGUAGACGACACGGAGGUCGUUACCUUUGACCCCUCAGUCUGAAGAUGCAGACAGACGCAUGUAGGCGGUCUGGCAGAACCGUAAUAGAACCUCCCGAAGAACCUUAGACGGAGACACUUUCUGUUAAUCAUCAAUUCUGUUCUUUCUUUUUAAUAAAGGUGAUUGAUCUGAGA